AUGGGAGUGCGGGAAGUAGAGGUGCAUGAUCGAUAUCUAGGUCUCCCCACUAUGGUGGGACGGUCUAAAAAAGGGAUUACUAGAGGCGUGAAGGAAAAGCUGUGGAAGAAACUUCAAAGGUGGAAAGGGAUGGUACUUUCUAAGGCGGGUAGGGAGGUUAUGAUAAAGGCAGUGGCCCAAUCUCUACCUACCUAUGCGAUGAGUGUGUUUAAGUUUCCAUCUUCCUUUUGUGAUGAGUUGCGGUCCCUUGUAGCUCAAUUCUGGUGGGGUCAAAAGCAAGGGGAGAGGAAGAUUCAUUGGGUGUCCUGUAAGAAGUUGUGCAGACCAAAGGAGGAGGGAGGACUAGGCUUCCGUGAUUUUAAAUUGUUCAAUUGGGCAUUGCUUGGGAAACAAGCUUGGCGCCUUAUCCAGAAACCGGGUAGUCUCCUCGAACAACUGUUGAGAGCAAGGUACUACCCGAGUUCGUCUUUUAUGGCGGCUGAAUUGGGGACGCUCCCUAGCUAUACUUGGCGUGGCAUUUGGGAGGCUAAAUGGGUGGUUAGACGAGGUAUGAGGUGGAGGGUGGGGAAUGGGAAAGAAUUCGGGUUUGGUCGGAUCCUUGGAUCCCGAAUACUCAAUCGAGGCGGGUUUUAUCACCUAGGGGAAACUCAAACUUUAACUUGA